AUGCCCCGACCCUCCGACCAAGCAGCUCUCAAGCCGGGUCCUCCCGCCCUCCCCAACUUCCCUCCCCUAGAUCCCACCACCCCGAUCCCCCCUCCGGUCAUAACCCUCACCAAAUCCCACCUCCGCCUAGUCCACCCCUCGGACGCGCCCGCCAUGACGCGCGCGGCCAACUCGCCCGCCGUGGCCAAGUACAUGACCAACCGCUUCGCGUCGCCCUACACCAUCGAGGACGCCUACCGCUGGAUUGCGUUUGCGUCCGCCUUCAAGGUCCUGCCAAACAUGAACAUCUGCGAUCCCACCACCGACACCUGCAUAGGCGGCAUCGGGAUCAAGACCAAGGAGGACGUCGAGGCGAGAUGCUUUGAGAUCGGGUACUGGCUUGGGGAGGAGAGCUGGGGCAAGGGGAUCAUGAGCGAGGUGGUGCCGGCUUAUGUCAAGUGGGUGUUUGAGACCUUCCCCGAGGUGAUUCGGUUGGAGGCCGUGGUUUUUGAAGGGAAUGAUGCUAGUGCGAGGUUGUUGAAGAAGGCCGGGUUUGUCCAUGAGGGGACGAGGCGGAAGGCGGGCGUGAAGGCCGGGCGGGUCUUUGAUAUCAUGAUGUUUGGGUUGUUGAGGGAGGCGUGGUGUGCUUGA